CGAAGAAGACGCACUCUUGUUACGUAAUCAGCGAGCGCCCGCGGAUCUGACACACGAGGAUGUGUUAGUGUUUACUGAAAUAAGAGUAUUUUAGCGAUUCUUUUAUCAUAACGCGUCCACAGCUGAUCUCACCGAGCUUCAGAGGACGAGGUAAAUCAGAAAUGGGCGACUUUUCCUCCCUCGGUCUGUCAGACUGGCUGGUUAAACAGUGUAAACAGCUGGGAAUCAACAAACCCACUCCAGUCCAGGAAAACUGCAUGCCAGCUAUCCUCCAAGGUCGGGAUUGUAUGGGCUGUGCCAAGACCGGCAGUGGGAAAACAGCAGCGUUCGUGUUGCCAGUGCUGCAGAAACUCUCAGAGGACCCGUACGGCAUCUUCUGCCUGGUGCUCACUCCCACCAGGGAGCUGGCCUAUCAGAUUGCAGAGCAGUUUCGAGUCCUGGGGAAACCUUUGGGUCUGAAAGACUGCAUCAUCGUCGGUGGAAUGGAUAUGGUGACCCAGGCCCUGGAGCUGUCCAACCAACCGCAUGUAGUCGUAGCAACGCCGGGCCGACUGGCCGAUCACAUCCGCAGCUCCAACACCUUCAGCAUGAAGAGGAUCCAGUUCUUGAUUUUGGAUGAGGCAGACCGGCUGCUGGAGCAGGGCUGUACCGACUUCACCAAAGACCUGGAGGUGAUCUUGGAGAUCCUACCGGCCAAGCGUCAGACGCUGCUGUUCAGCGCCACACUGACCGACACCCUGCAGGAGCUGAAGAGCAUCGCCAUGAACAAACCGUUCUUUUGGGAGAGCAAAUCGGAAACACGAACGGUAGAGGAGCUGGACCAGAGAUACAUCCUCACUCCAGAGAAGGUGAAGGACGCCUACCUGGUUCAUCUGAUCCAGACAUUCACCGAUGAGCAUGAUGACUGGUCCAUCAUCAUUUUUACCAACACGUGCAAGAGCUGUCAGAUCCUCACCAUGAUGCUGCGGGAGUUUAACUUUCCAACCAUCUCUCUGCACUCCAUGAUGAAACAGAAACAACGAUUUGCAAACCUCGCCAAGUUCAAAGCCAGCGUCUACAAAAUCCUGAUAGCGACUGAUGUAGCUGCCAGGGGUUUGGAUAUCCCAACUGUCCAGGUCGUCAUUAAUCACAACACCCCCGGCCUUCCCAAGAUCUACAUCCACAGAGUCGGGCGAACAGCCAGAGCAGGGAGGAAUGGAGUGUCCAUCACGCUGGUCACGCAGUACGACAUCCACCUGAUUCACUCCAUCGAAGAACAGAUUCAAACAAAGCUGAAGGAAUAUCCUGUGGUGGAGAAGGAAGUCCUAAAGAUCCUCACCCAAGUCAAUGUGACCCGGCGGGAGUGUGAGAUAAAACUCGAGUCAACGGACUUUGAUGAGAAAAGAGAGAUCAACAAGAGGAAACAGCUGAUCCUGGAAGGGAAGGAUCCAGAGCUGGAGGCCAAGAGGAAAGCUGAGUUGGAGAAGAUCAGAAGCCAGAAGAAGAAGUUCAAACAGAAAAUCCAGGAGAGCAUUCAGAAACAGAAACAGCUAAAAAAGAAACUGAUGAAGAGAAGACAGAUGAAAAAGAAAGAGGCGGCGCAAGCAACUGCAUGAAAACCGCCUCAUGUAUAUACUGCACACUGCAUCUGUAUAAUACCUGUAAUAUUUGUACCUGCAAAUAAACUUCAAGCCACAGAAACAACUGAAGUUGACAGCGUUUAUUGAUUCAGUUUAACAAGAGAAUCAGCAUCUUGUGAUGAAACGUCACUGCAAAUAAGACUGUUUCAAAUAUGUAUUUACAUCACAUGUAGACUUCUAUUUCAUGAAUCAAAUCUCAGCCUAAUGAUGUGGUGAAUGAACGCUCUGCGUGCAACAGAAUCACAUCUUCAGUGAUCGCUGCACAUGUUGGAAUUGACUGUAGCUUAGAAGAUGGGAGGAAAAAAAAUAUUACGGCAACAUUUUGUAAUCAUUUUUUUAAAGCUCUAACACAUUAGGAUUCACCGGAACAAGUUGAUAUGCUAAAAGAACUCUGUACACAAAUGUCAACUAUUUCUAACUCAAACAUAAUGUCUAAAGCGCAACAUGAUUGUCACGUGUGUGCAGAAAUGAGAAGCAGGUGAGAAACAACGGUGCAGUACAUUCUUGCUGUGUUCAGAAAGUGUCAUUCCUGGAAGAAGUUACAAAACUACAAUCCUUCGGACAGUUUGAAGAGAAGAUACAAAAAUCGAGAAAGGAAACUGCGUCCCACUCAUUCCUGUACUCAGCAAGUUGCUACGAAAAAAAAAUAGAUAUAUCCCAUAUUUCAGUAAAACUACACAACGAAACGAUGCACACGGCAGCAAAAUGUCUGACGAAAGCAAAGUGGAUCAACUCAGGAGGAACUGCUCAGCACAAAUCAAACAGCCACAGAAGGGGAAAAUAAAAUCUAACAACCUCUAUUUUUUACCUCACAGAGAAGGAAGGUGGCUUUUGUAUCCCCUGUCCCUCAAUCAGCCCAGCUGCUAGACUCACUCGCUUUUUAUUCAAACAAUAAAAAUACAUAAAUAAAACAAGUCCUUUUUCUGUGGGUUUCUUAAGCCCUCUGGUGUCAGGAAGGUUGUUGAAAAUGCUGGUCGUUUGACUGGAACUACAUUCAUGCUUGUGCUGUGGCUGUUUAUCCGAGGGUGAGCGGUUAUAGGCACUGAUUCUGGUCUCAUUCGCUGUUUUAUUUCAUCUCUCUGCCACCGCCCGAUCAGUACUGGAUGGCGUUUUCUGCUGUGAGUGACUGGGGGUUAAUAACGGAACAAUUUGAAUCCACGGGAACCAAAAGUCUUUCGGAUCAAGUUCAUUUCUGAAUUUCAAACACUUCUUUUCAACCUGAUUAGCUUUCGUUGUAUUUGGGUGGUCGACGUGA